AUGGACUAUGUCAACUCGUCGAGUUCGUCCUAUCUGGCACUGAGUGCCACCGGAGGCGAUACUCUUAUUGGUUCCGACAUUCCGAGCUGGGCGCCAACGAUUGCUCCAUCGAAGAACUGGCGUGUCGUUAAGAACGGGAUCGCGGUGCCCAUUCAGGAGGCUAUCGGGGCUACUCUGGGACGGAAACAAGUACCACAAAUGUUUCGCGAGAUCCACGAUGCUCGGUCCUGCAGCAAAAAGGCCCUGGAAAGUCAAGCUGUGCUUGUGGGUGGCUGGCGAACCCCUUUAUUGGGAUCAUUCGGGACGAAUACUCACCCUGAAAUCGGCCGCCACGCCGUGGAUCAACGCCCCACAGCCAACUACGAUGCCAACAUUAUGAGCGUUAAGGAUGUGGCGGCAUUCGAGAACAUGGGCAUCAUAUCCACGAGCGAGUUCACCCCCUGGUUCGACCGUAGUUGA